UGUGAGCUUGCCGUACUUUCACAUGACUCCCAGUGCUUGUGACUGGAUCUGCAUUCCUCAAGCGGCACCAACUCUGCAUAACUAAUGCAUUUAUUGGUGACGCGAAUAUUAACAGCGCGUAAAAACAAUACUCGUCGUUGUCGUGGUUCAACCUGUGACAAUUCCCGGUUCUAAUUCUAACGUCUGACCGUCUGCGGUGCGUUCAGCAUCCGUGGGGUGUAGACGCCGCGUAAAUACUCGGUAGAACUUUUUGACAAGUUACAAUUAUCUACAACCGGCAAAAGGUGGACGUCCAUGGAUAUGAGAUAGUGCAGCUGGUCGCUUUCCCCUCGCGUCAGUGAUGGCUGAGCUCAUGACGCCGGACUCAAGAAGAUGCAGCUAUUUCUUCCUCUAUGAUGGAUCCAAAGUGAAAGGGGAGGGUGACCCCACCAGAGAUGGAAUCUGCUACUUCUAUCCUGAAGAGACCCCUUUGGACAGACAGGAGCUCCUCUGUGGACAACUGGCAGGCGUGGGGCGCUGCGUGUCGGAGGUGUCCUCCUCGCCUGUGCGCGCACUCAGGCUUCGCCACAACAAAUAUGCCAUCCGCAUGGAAGAUGACUUUUUUUGGGCCCUGGGCUGCUCCGUUGAAGUCCCCACAGUCAGCGUCUGUGAGCUCCUGGACCAGCUAAUAAACCUGUUCUGCUUCUACAACGGGCCUGUCCGGCAGAGCUACCAGCUCAACGGUCGGGAGCCUCUGGCUGCGCGCUGGGCUCAGUACCUCUCGCACCUCCAGUCCGGGUCCUCGGAGCUCCAGCACAUCUUCAGCUGCGUGAGGACCAUGGACUCCACCAAUGUGGACCCACUCCUCCUCCUGAAGGCUGCCCUCAUCCUUCAGGCCUGUCAGCGCUGCCCUCUAGUGUUAGCGGGCUGUAUUCUGUUCAGAGGAAGAGUUGUGAGCACACAAAUGUCUCCAGAGCUCACGAUGAAAGUCAUGGUUCACGAGAGUGAAACAUACGCCACGUCCCACAUUCCCAGUGGGCCGGGCUCCUCCAGCUCAGUGGCCCCCUCUGUCAGCUCGACUACAGUGUUCCUGACCCUGUCUGAACUCCAGGACCUGCAGGCCGCUCCUGUGGACAAACCCUUCAGUUCCCGUUCUACUCCACACAAAGACGCUCCCAUGAAGAAAACCCGCCUGUCGAGAACCUUAUCUGACAUGGCCUCCACUGAGUCUGACACCAGCGAUCCAGCUUCUGACCAGGCGCCCCAGAAAACGUCCUUCGCCCCUUGCUUGUCGGAAUCAGAGAGCUCCAUGUUUAGUCCAUCCGCGUCACAGAGCUCCACUGAUCCAUCGAAUCCUCCACCACACUCCCCAAAGCCGAACUCCCAGCAGGCUGAGGAGGCGGCGCUGGACGAGUCGCAUUAUCACAGCUUUCACAGCGACGCGGACGGAGGCGGCCCGGUGUGCGGCGAAGAGGACCGGUCGGCGCGUGGACCCGGCUCCCAGCUCAAAGACGGGGAUCCAGACGCCGUGUGUGAAACAGCAUUGGACAGAGAGGCUGAGACCGGGAAGGAGGAAUCGAGCAGCGGCGGCGGCAGCGAGGAGGAGGUGGGAGGCAGCGCGGUUGGCCCCGAGGCAGAGCGGGGUCCCGCCCCCGGCUCUGGAGCCCCCGUGGACCCGGCGGGGGCCCCGCUGAUCCCCAUGACGCUGUAUCUCCACCGGGUGAAGAGCCUGGUGCUGGCUCUGCUGGUGCAGCCUCACUUCUUGAGCGACACGGCCUCUGUGGAGGAAGUGUAUCACAGCAGCCUGGCGUCGCUCAAUGGGCUGGAGGCCCAUCUGAGAAGCAUCCCUCCGCGUGUCCCAGGUGCUCCGGGACCCUACCUCUUUGCCCAUUUCGACCGCAUUCAGGGCACGCUGACAACCAACCUGUCUGGUCGGCCAGGAGGAGCCCCACAGCAUCCUUUUGUCCGAGCUACAUCGCUUCUCCACUCGCAUUUCUGUAACACUGAGACUCUGCAGGAGGCUAUUAUCAGGAGUGCCGGGGCUGCUGUGUAUGGGACCAGCAGCGUGGCCCAGGAGACUUAUUUCCAGCAGCACGGGGGAUCGCUGAGGAACUCGGGCAUCCCUAACCACCAGGACAGCGCUUUCUCGCUGCCCAGCAAGGCCCGGCACAGACUGUUGAAGCACGGCGUUAAUUUGCUCUGACUCAGAAGCGAUGUGACGAGCUGUAGUUCACGUAAACAUGAAGAAGAGUCCUGUGAGUAAAUGUAAAGAUUCCUCUGUUUUGUAGCUGCCCAAAUGUCACUUUACUUAUUAUUUUGUACUAUAUGCAACUAUAGAUUUGCUAUGACAGAGGUGGUUGGUAAGGGUCUGUCGGAUCACAGCUGGGUUUUAAUCACAGGUCCGAUUUCUGCUGCCCUCGUUCCAGUACACUUUGUCCACAUUUAUACUAGCUGUGCUAAAAUACACUGUUAUGCCUUCAUA